AUGAAUUUCUGGGCUUGUCCUCGCUCCAAGCAGUGUGGCUACCAGUUUAACUAUGCGUGGCGCACGUCGUGUCGCAUGUGCGGCCAGGCACCGAAGAAGCCAGUCGUCGCCGACCCUCCGCCGCCGCGAGGCGCAUGGCAGCGGCCGCCCCAGAUCAACGGGCCGCGGUACCAAGGACCCACCCACCCCAGUGAUGACCAGAUCGAGGUCUUCGCUGGGAUGGCGCCGCGCGACUUCGAUGCCAUCUCUGACGGCUGGCAUCCGCGCGUGGUGGGGCGCGUGCGCGCGGCGCGCGCCAUGCUGCAGGGCGAGCCGCGGGAGUGCGCCAAGCAGGCGCGCAUCCAGCAGGAUGUCUUCCAGCAGAAGCUCGAGAAGGCCAAGUCCAAGUACGAGCGGGCGCAGAACUCGCUCGCCCAGGCCAUGCAGGCCACUGCCCAGGCCAAGGCGGAGAUGGAGUCUGCUCAGGCUGCUGCCGACGAGGCGGCCGCCAAGGCUGCCAAGGCCUUCAGCAGCCUCGCGCCCGCCCAGCCGUCCGAGGGCGAGGCCGCCUUCCACGCCUGGGCGCAGGGCAUCCGCGGCUCUGGCCCACCCGCCGAGGGCGGCCCUGACAAGGAGAAGUACGACAAGCUCAUCAAGCAGCUGGAGGACAUGGCUAAAGACCUCGGCUAUGGCGGGGGUGCAGCUGCUGCUGGCGGGCUCAACCAUGCCGUGCCGCUCGACAUGGAGCUCGACAGCCUGCUCGGCGACAACUCCUUCAUCACUGAGCUGGAGAGCAAGCACGGCAUCAAGCACGAGCUGGCCACCAACAUCCUCAAUGAGGCUAAGGAGCGGCUCGAGAAGAAGGCUCGCUCGACCCCCCCUGGUGAGUCCAAUCUUUAG